UUUCAUUCUUCGUUCGUUCGUUGGAGAGAGAGCAUAUUGUUUCUUUUUUUGUGAGAUCACUUUACUAAAACGUUUUCCAUUACGUAUUUGAUUUGAAUUUUAAUUGCUGAAAAUGACUGAAUACUUUAAAAACAAAACAAUCGUUGUUACUGGCGCCGGACAAGGAAUCGGCAGAGACCUAUGCAAACGCCUGGAUGCGCUUGGUGCCACGGUUUAUGCGAUUUCACGUUCUGCUGGGCCAUUGACCGAAUUAAAAGCAACAAAUCCUCGCAUAUUAACAGUGCCACUUGAUUUAAGUGAUUGGUCAAAAUCACGAAGCGAGCUCGUCAAUGUGUUCAAGGGUGUGAAAAUCGAUGGUUUGGUCAACAAUGCUGGUAUUGCUAUUUGCAAACCAGUCACCGAAUUGAGUGAACAGGAUUUUGAUGAUACGAUGAACGUUAAUGUCAAGGCUGUUUUCAAUGUAACGCAAACGCUACUGCCGAAUUUCAACGAUGGAGGCAGUAUUGUUAAUCUGUCAUCAUUGGCUGGUUUACGUGCGUUCGCCAAUCAUGCAAUUUAUUCAGCAUCGAAAGCCGCUGUGGACGGUUUAACCCGGGCUUUUGCACUUGAGUUGGGACCACGUAAUAUACGUGUCAAUAGUGUUAAUCCAACAGUAGUUCUUACCGCAAUGAGCAUUCCCAAUUGGAGCGAACCAACCAAAGCUGAAAAAAUGAAGAGUCGCAUUCCAUUGCAUCGUUUUGCUGAACUUAAUGAAGUCUCUGAUCCGAUAAUCUUCUUAUUGAGCGACAAAAGUUCAUUCAUAAACGGCAACAGUUUGCCAAUCGAAGGUGGUUGUUGCGCAUGCUAAUUUUUUGCAAAGAUUAUAUUCAUAAAGUGGGGAAGAAAUGUCGAACUCAAUGUUGAAGAGGUCAACUAUAAAACAAUAAAAGAAAUUAUUUUCAAACGGAAAAUUUUAAUGGA